CAUCGGCGGCGCUGCCGUGACGGAGGAGCUGAUUCCAGGCUUUAAGUUCUCUCGAUGCAGCUAUCUCCUCAGUCUCCUCCGUCCUCAAAUCAUCAGAGAGUUGGAGUUGAAACGACAUGGUUUGAAGCUGUUGAAGCCAAUGGCAUCGUCGUUUACACCCACUCUUGAUGGACGUUACCUUCUACUAGGGCAGAGUGAUGAGCAGGAUUAUUUACAGAUCUCAAAGUUUUCAAAGAAAGAUGCUGAUGCUUAUUUCAGAAAAGUUUGUUCUUCUCAUGUUUCUAGAUAUGAAGCUCAACUCCAAAAGUUUUGUAACUUCAUGGAUUUUGUUUUGGAUUCGCCUACUCCUGAAGCUCUGCAUGGGAGUGCUUCUACAUUUGACCGGUUGAAGUAUAAAUUGGAGAAUUCUAAGUUUUGGGCUCAGCUCCUGCGGCGUACACUCUCCUUGGGACAAAAAGGCAUAGUGGAUUUGAUGGAGUUGUUACUGUCUCCAACCUCAAAAGUCCUGGACAAAUGGUUUGAGUCAAAUUUAUUGAAGGCUACACUUGCUGGAGAUGCGAUUAUUGGGAGUAUGAUGAACAUUAACACUCCUGGAAGUGGAUAUGUUCUGCUACACCAUGUUGUGGGUGAAACAGACGGCGACCGUAAUAUCUGGUCGCAUGUUGAAGGUGGGAUGGGUGCUGUAUCCUUAGCUAUAAGUAAAGCCGCUAAGGAAGCUGGAGUUCUUAUUGAAACAAAUACAGAGGUUUUAAAGGUGAUGGUGGAAGACUCUGGAAGGGCAAAUGGAGUAUUAUUGGCUGAUGGGACUAAAGUGCACUCUUCAAUUGUUUUAUCAAAUGCUACUCCUUAUAAGACCUUUAUGGAAUUGGUACCUCAUGAUUUUCUUCCUGUUGAAUUUCUUCAUGCAAUUAAGUAUUCUGACUACAGCUCUGGAACAACAAAGAUCAACAUAGCUGUCGAUAAACUGCCCCAAUUCCACUGUUGCAAGCUAAAUAACAAAGAAGUGGGUCCUCAGCACACAGCUACCAUCCAUAUUGGUUGUGAAAGUAUGGAGGAGAUCAGAUCAGCUUGUCAAGAUGCUUGUAAUGGCUUACCAUCACGAAGGCCUGUGAUGGAGAUGACACUUCCUUCUUCAUUGGAUACUACAAUAUCACCACCUGGUAAGCAUGUCAUCAGCUUAUUUACCCAAUAUACUCCUUAUAAACCCUCAAAUGGUAGCUGGGACAAUGCUGAAUACAGAGAAUCAUAUGCAAAAAGAUGUUUCGACUUGAUCGAUGAACAUGCACCUGGAUUCUGCUCGUCUAUCAUAGGUUAUGACAUGCUGACACCACCAGAUCUGGAAAGGGAAAUUGGACUGACAGGAGGAAAUAUUUUCCAUGGUGCUAUGGGUUUGGAUUCACUCUUCUUAAUGCGACCUGUGAAAGGCUGGUCAAAUCAUAAGACACCAAUCAGAGACUUGUAUCUAUGUGGAAGUGGAACUCAUCCUGGAGGGGGUGUCACGGGAGCUCCUGGGAGAAAUGCUGCACGUGUUAUUCUCAAUGAUUUUAAGAAGCAUUAUCAAUAAGCACGUCCUUCUAUUGCAUUUGUUCCUGUGUAUAUGCUGAUAAGUUUCACUAGUUACUAUCAACUGGAUAUUCGUGUUUCUUAUCUUAUGUCGCUGUUAUUGUGUCGGUUUAUGACAUUCUUUGGUCAACCUCGUUAAGAAGUUAGGAGUUGUUGCAACAACCAAUGUUGAUUAAUGGACCAGAGAAUUACAGUAACAACGUUAAUUGUCUAGCUAACUGAAAAAUGGGAUUCAUAUGU